UUUAGUCAUCAAAUACUUUCACUCCUGUCAAGUGGCACAGCCAGCAUAGGAUUUCCUGGAGUAACUACCUUUGCCUACAUUGCAGUUUAUUAAGUUAGAUAAAGAAACUGUUGGGAUUUGAAACAACUUUGAAUUUAAAUGCAAACUUCAUGUUCUUCCCUCUGAAGUGAGCUGAGGUGGGACGUGGUCCUCUCCUUUUGUGGAACCUGCUGUCAUGGCGAAGUACCUGAGAUAUUUCACCACUGUGGGUGAUGAUCAGCCGGUCCAUUUGGAGGAAGAAGAGCUGCAUGUGGCCAGCGAGGAGUUGAGUCCAGCCACCGGCCAGUUUCCAGAAACAGUGACUUUCAGAGAUGCUCUGCGGAGGCUGUACAGCUCAGACCGGUUCCAGGUAGUGGUGGUGUGUUUGGUCGUUCUGGAUGCCUUGUUUGUGCUGGCCGAGCUGCUUAUUGAUCUGGAAAUUAUCGAUGGACAUGAAAGCAUUGCUGCUGAGGUGUUUCACUACCUGAGUCUGGCUCUUCUCACUUUCUUCAUGAUUGAGCUGCUUGGGAAGCUGUUUGCGUAUCGCCUGGAGUUCUUCCAUCAUAAAUUCGAGGUGUUUGAUGGUGCGAUUGUGGUGGUGUCCUUCGUGUUGGACGUGGUUUUCAUCUUCCAUGAGGACGCCUUUGCUGGGAUGAACCUCCUCAUCCUCCUGCGACUAUGGAGGGUGGCCAGAAUUAUCAACGGGAUCCUGGUGUCAGUGAAGACCCGAGCACACCAGCAGAUCCACAAGCUGAAGGAGAGCUACGAUCACCUGGUCAAAAGAGUCACAGAGCUGCAGGAGCGCAAUGAUAAACUGGAACAAGAGAACCAGAAACUUCAAGCCCUCCUCAAGAAGAACAACAUCGACUUCUGAAUCAACAAGCUAACUUUUGUGGAGCUACUGUUUAAUAUGAUUUCUAUCAUGUACCUUUAUGCACCAUUUUUUUUUUUAAAUAUCAGACUGUACAUUCAAUGAUAAUCCUUUACUGUCGACCUUAUUUCAAGGUCCCUUCUACGUGUUUCCAGUUGUACUCACUGCAGAGAAAUGACCUUUUUAUAUAUUUGUUAUGAACUAGUCCAUCCAUAUCCAGGUUUGCUGUUAUUGUAGUAGUGAUAGAAAGCAGUUAAUUUACACAUGAAUUUCAUGAGUGUACUACAGGGCAUAACUCCAUAAAGCUAUAUGGUCAUGACCUUUAUUUGCUUGUAAAUAUCUGAAACCUUCCUUGACUGAUAACAUGUACAUAAAACUAAAUUGACAUCUUGUUGAGUGGCAUUUAAAAGGACUGUAUGAUGUGUAAAACAUGAGAUUCAAAUAAA